AUGGCCCCACGUUCAAAGAAUUUUGAGAAUAAGAAAUCUAAACCUCCGUUGAAGAAAUUCCAAAAACCAUCCCAUAAAUCAUUCAAAAACAAAGGCAAAUCAGACGCCGCCGUUCAAUCAAAAGCACAAACCGUUCCUCUCCAACUCGAAGACGACGUCCCUGACUUUCCCAGAGGUGGUGGGAGUGCAUUGAGUAGGGAAGAGGUUGAUGAAGUUAGGGCCGAGGUGGAUGCGGAGUUUGAGGCGGAUAAUAGAGUAUUGAAGAAGCAGCUGAAGACGAGGAAGCAGAAGAUGGAUAAGAAAAAUAGUUUGAUGGAGGAUGAUUUUGGCUCUCUUUUUGGUGAUGGUUUUACUGGAAGAUUGCCGAGGUUUGCCAAUAAGAUCACCCUUAAGAAUAUUUCUCCUGGAAUGAAGCUUUGGGGAGUAAUUGCUGAAGUGAACAAGAAAGAUAUCGUGGUCAGUCUUCCAGGGGGCUUCCGUGGAUUAGUUCGAGCAUGUGAAGCAUCUGAUCUCUUUUUGGAUAAUGAAGUGAAGGGGGAUGUGGAAGGUAAUCUCCUUUCGACCAUAUAUCAUACUGGGCAGCUGGUUUCUUGCAUUGUGUUGCAAUUGGAUGAGGAUAAAAAAGAAAAAGGAAAAAGAAAGAUCUGGCUUUCUCUGCGUCUAGCUUUGUUGCAUAAGAGCUUAACAUUUGAUGUUAUUCAAGAAGGGAUGUUUGACGUUGUAUACUUUAUUCACGAGCUGUCUGAUGUUUUGUACAUGAGUUACAUACUUGACACUUCAGAGUUUGACGUUGUAUACUUUAUUCACGAGCUGUCUGAUGUUUUGUGCAUGAGUUACAUACUUGACACUUCAGAGGUCCUCAGUGCUUAUGUGAAAAGCAUCGAAGAUCACGGUUAUAUAAUGCAUUUUGGGUUGCCUUCCUUCACUGGGUUUAUGGCAAAAAACAGUCAGUCUGAUGGCAAGGACAUUAAGGCGAACACUGGCCAACUUUUACAAGGGGUCGUUAAAAGUGUUGACAGAACCCGUAAAGUGGUUUAUCUAAGUUCUAACCCAGAUAUGGCGUCUAAAUGUGUGACCAAGGAUCUUAAGGGUAUUUCAAUUGAUCUUCUCAUUCCAGGCAUGAUGGUUAAUGCUCGUGUGCAGUCAACCCUUGAAAAUGGGAUUAUGUUAUCAUUUCUUACGUACUUUACAGGAACUGUUGACAUAUUUAAUUUACAAAAAACCUUUGCCACUUCAAGCUGGAAGGAUGAGUACAUUCAAAAUAAGAAGGUCAGCGCUCGGAUAUUAUUUAUUGAUCCCACUACUAGAGCUGUUGGGUUGACCCUGAAUCCUUACCUAGUUAACAACAAGGCUCCACCUUCACUCGUUAGAACUGGAGAUAUCUUCGACCAAUCAAAAGUGAUCAGGGUUGACAGAGGUUUGGGUCUUCUGCUGGAAAUUCCCACUUCUCCGAUUCCAACUCCAGCAUAUGUUAGUGUUUUUGAUGCGGCUGAUAAGGAAAUCCAGAAAUUGGAAAAAAGUUUUAAAGAAAAAAGCAUUGUUCGUGUUAGAAUUCUUGGCUUUAGGCACUUGGAAGGGCUUGCCACUGGUGUUUUGAAGACAAGUGCCUUUGAAGGGUCAGUUUUCACUCAUUCAGAUGUGAAGCCUGGCAUGGUAGUGAAGGCUAAAGUCAUAGCCAUUGACAGUUUUGGCGCCAUUGUGCAAUUUGCCAGCGGUGUGAAGGCACUUUGUCCUCUUCGACAUAUGUCAGAGUUUGAAAUAACGAAGCCAAGGAAAAAGUUCCAGGUUGGAGUUGAAUUUGUUUUCCGUGUGCUUGGUUGCAAGUCGAAAAGGAUUACUGUUACGCACAAGAAAACACUUGUAUGCCCUCUGCAAUGCUUCAUAGUGACGCUUUGUUCAUUUCUUUAAACCUUUCCAAUUGCCAUGUUAAGUUUCCUCUAAAGUG